CUUUUUCGUCCGCAAGAUAUUCAUCUCUUUGUCGGUUAAACGUUUCCAAAGCGUCGGGUGUCCAAACUCGAUCCAUUUUAUCUCAAACUCCAAUUUAGCGGAUUUUCAAAUUUUCACCUUCGUUGGUCAGCUCGCACAGCCGCAAGUUCUCUUCUGGACUCAAAUCGGAACCCGUUCACCGGGGAUGAUCGAUAAACACUGUACUCCAUUGGAACUUGGGUUCUAACAUCUUCUAUCCAUCGUUCACCGCUUUUACAGGAUGCCUCCCGUUACGGAUGAGAAAAUACUUGAAGGUGUUCUGCAGCACCCGGCCAAUGCGGUCAAAGGUGCCAAGGCGGCAGGGAGUAAAAUAGGCUACAUCGAGCUUUCUGCUCUCACGUAUGCGGCGAAAGAGGUGUCAGUCUAUCAUCAGCUGCGAGACGCGGGUGUUUUGGAUGUUAUUUUGGGCGCCUUUGUAGACGGAUAUGACAGAACAGCUGAGGACAUCCAGGACAAAACCGUGGCGUCUCCCCAUUGGAUUCUUCCUUUUACUGGUCUCAUCAACUUUCUCGUGUCAUUGAAGAAGGACGGAAUCCAGACUGAGGCCAAUGCAGGAGCGCUUAAAACCAUCGGGAAUGCAUAUCCUCGUCUCGAGAGCACAAUCGAUAAAGAAGUCCAACUCCUCAGCGCUGAACGUGAAGGUCUGGACGCUAUCACCAACAUUUUGUCUCUAGGACUUUACCAUCUUUCACGAGUGCCCGACGUCAGCGACAGAAAGCUGAUGUAUUCUUCAAAGUCGUUGUCGAUACUGUCAGCAUGCUACCAUCUUGCGCGACCCAUUCAGGCCCGGCGGUUACUUUGUGUGGUAAUCCGUCAGCUCCUUGUAAACGAGUCUAGGAAUCCAGCUCUAAAUCCCCCGCCUGAUGCAUUGGAAAUAUUCUUGAAAUCUCAUGGAGGGGUUGAGGCAAUAGCUGUCACUCUCCGCCAGAUCCUCAUUAACUACACCGUGCAUCAGCUUAGCGGCGAUGAUCAGAGCACUCCAGAUACACCCAAGCUGCCCGAGAAUUACCAGAUCGAUGCGACUCAGAUUUCCGCUGAAUUUAUCGCCCUGGACGCACGAAGAUGCGGUUCGGCUUCUUGGCACACACUUUGCAAUGGCGAAGGAUAGUGAUAGUGAGGAAGUUAGGGAGAAUCGUUGGAUGGUUGUCAACAACGUUGCACCGUUUAUCAAGUAAGCACUUGUGCGGGGUAUUUAAUUUGUCUGAAGUCUUGCCCUGCGGUGAUAGUAAUGUGAUUAACGCGGCACCGAACCCGGCUCAACGGAUUGCAGAGCUCGUUAUUUCCUCUAACUUCCUAACUGUUGCCAGCCAAUCGCUUGUCAUGGCUGCUGCAACAAAAGAUGCUCACAAC